GUUGCUGUCACGUGUGCGGGAUGGGCCCUUUGGGCUGUGGCUCGCGUGGCUGCUCCCCUUUCUCCUUCCCCCGCCCCUCGAUCCUCCCUCCUCUCCAAGGAGAUGAGCGCGCGCACGGCCCGGGCCCGGGGCCGGCAGGCAGGGUCUCGAGGCUGCUGCGGGAAGCGAUGGCAGAAGGCGGGGAGUCCAGCGCCCGGGGCUCUGAGCAGCUCCGGCUGGAGCUGGGGCAGGAGAGGCAGAUGAAGGAAAUGCUUGAACUCUCAAUAUUUGAAUUGAGAGAAACAAUAACAGAACUUGAAAAAAGACUUGGCAGUGUUGAGGAUGAAGGUAAUGAAUGGAAAACCAGGUAUGAGACACAAGUAGAACUGAACAGACAACUAGAAAGGCAAACUGGUCUUCUCCAAGAAAAGAUGGAACAUAUUCGUGGAAAUCCAACAGAUAGAUUGUCUUCUAUUCGCUCCUUUGAUCAAAUGCCUGUGGGUUCCUUAAAUCAGCUUCUUAAACAACUAGAAGAGGAAAAGAGAAAUCUCCAGAACCAACUGAAGGAUUAUGAGCUUAGACUGGAACAAGAAGCAAAGGCUUACCAUAAGGCUAAUGAUGAACGGCGCAUGUACCUAGCAGAGAUCUCACAGACAUCAGCUACUCUUAAAAUUGCUAAGAGGCAGAAAACAGAUGCAGUGCAGAUCAAGAGGGAAAACCAGAUACUGAGAAGACAUAAUGUUCCAGAAAAUCAAAGGAUUCUGGAUCCCAAAAAAGGACCAAUUAAAAAGACUGCAGGAGUGAAACAACUUCCAAAAUUAAAGCACUGACUUAAUAUUCUUAACAAGACCUUCCAAUCACUUUUAUUCUUGUUUCUAUAUAUUUAACUAAAUGUUUCUGAAGAAAAAUGUAUGUACCACAUUGAUUUAGGACACAUUCCAAUAACAAUAACUACUAAUGAAGAUCUGUGUGCCUCCUGGCAGCUUCAGAGGCUCCCUAUUCUGAGGAAAAAGUAGCCCUCUAUAAUCCUGUGGAAUAGCUCAUCAAGCAGUUCCCGGGUGCCCUCUUAAUGCUAGUGAAGUCUAAGCCUUCCCAGCCUGAUUGCCAUAUGUGAAAACUGAAUCAAGGAAUCAUAGGAAUCAAGUUGGGUGACGCAGGGAAUCACUUAAAUGCCUUAUGCUAGGCAGGUUCUUCCCCACUUUGACUCCACAGCCAGUCAUUGAAAAAAAUUUAAAGUUUCUGGUUUUAGAGCUCUCAACGAGGGAGAAGAAGAGAGGAAUGAUGUGACCUGAAGAGUAAUCCCACUACCUAGACAAGAAGAAAAGAGUAAUACCCCAUUAGGAAUAGCCACACAAGCUACUGGGGAAACUCCCUUGAUUACUAGAGGAUGGGAAAACAGAUGGUUCUUUCUAGGAAGGCAACCACAAUUUUCAGGCCAGAGAACUUCCCCAGAAUAAUUCCGACAGCAAAACAUCCAA